UUUAACGUUUCGUGAUCUUAUUAGACGAUCGCGAUCUCCUCGAUUCAAGAUUAUUCAAAACUAUAAGAAUACAACAAAUUAAAUCACUAACGAAUGGUGACAUGUGUCUAAAAAUGUGCUUUAGGUCCAAAAAAAUUAAAACCGAGACACAAAAAUGGUUUUAAUAAUGUGAAUAAGAAUUUCAAGUGUCAGUGGAGACAGAAUUUGUUUUAAAUUUUACAAAAUAAACGAAUAAACAAAUGUGACCAAGUUAGAUAAUAAACAUAACUGUAACAAAAGAAGAAUUCACCAAAGGAUUAAUUUAAAAAAUAAAAUAAUUUUAAAUAACAAUAUCUUUCUCAAUAUAAAAAGUGUAUGAAAAAUAUGAAAAUAAUGCACGCGAAUUACGAUACAAAAGCAUCAGGCAGUGAUCAAAGUGAAUCAGAUAUUGAAAUGAUGGAUGGACCCAUCAUGAAUGGCAAAUCUCAAAAUAAUUCUUCUUCUCCACGAACACCACCAAAUUGUGCUCGAUGUAGAAAUCAUGGUCAUAAGUUAGCACUACGUGGUCAUAAACGGUUUUGUGCUUAUCGAUAUUGUAAUUGCGAAAAGUGUAAAUUAACGGCAGAGAGGCAGCGUGUAAUGGCGUUGCAGACUGCCCUAAGACGUGCGCAGGCACAAGACGAAUCUCGCGUGUUGGCUCAAGGUGAAGUUCCACCUCCACCUAUACCAUCUAAUAUACAUCAUUUACUUCCAGCACGAAGUACAGGAAGUGUAUCAAGCAGCAAUGGAAGCGUUCAAUUAAACCAAAGUCCCAACCAAAUGUUGAACCAAAGAUCAGACAGUGCCCUUGGUAGUCAGCCAUCAUAUGAGAACUGUGAUUCAUCAACAGCUUCACCAAAUUCACAGCAAAUGCAGCAAUUUCCGAGACAACUUCCAACCAUCCCCAACUAUCCACCACUUAUGGAAGAUUACCAGGAUACUGAGAAGCAGGACUACAUUGUUAAAGCUGAACAAAUUGUACGAAAAUUUAACUGCGUGUAUGAAAUGAUGCCAUUACUCUACGCAUUAGUAAAAGCUACAAAAGGAAAUGUAGAAUUGUCAGAACGUUUGUUAAUUGAAGGUAAAACGAUGUGUUAUAACUAUUAUAUUGAGAAAAAGAUGAUACUUGACUUGUCGAAAAAUUGUGAUGAUAAUGAAAACAAAAGUAGUUCAAGCAAUGAUUUGAGAGGAUCUAAUUCAAUUUCACAUAGUAUCGAUUAUCUAAUAGGAGAUGCACCGAAAGACAAAAGUCCUCCAUUAGAAUCUAAUUCAGAGACUAGAAAAGAGGGGCCUUCAACAUCUCCAUUGUCAUUAUCGCCCAACUCUAGUUUUGCUGCAUCUCGGUUGCAUUCACAAUCUCUAUUAACUUCAUAUUUUCAAAGUGUUAGUGAUCAAACUUUUCAUACUCCACGAUUUUCUCCAGUUUUAUCUUUCCCAUUUAUACCAUCUCGUCAUUUUUAUGAUAAUCCAAUAAUUCGUCAGCAUAUGCAAGAAAGAUUAAUUGAAGAAAGUGAAAAGAAGAAUUUAAAAAAUGGGAAAAUAUAAUAUAUUAGUAUAAUAUCCCGUCAUGACAUGACGACAGGAAUUAAUAUGCUUAUUGAAAUUUUAAAUCGUCAUAAUUUAAAAUUUCUAUUUUAAACUCUGCCAUUUUUACAAAUGUGGUCGGGGUUUUAAGCGGAAUGACAGAAAGAAUUGGUACUGAACAAAAUUAUGUACUAGCUUUUAACAGAGUACAUAAGACAAUAUACUUAGCAACUAAUUUUGAUGUCAAUUCUGAUUUUUUUUUAUAUUAAAUUGUUACAAUUGUUUUAUAGCCAAGUCGCUCAAAUUUCGACUAUAAAUUGAUAAAAAUUGCCUUAAAACGUUUAGGUAGGUAGAUUAUGUAAUUAUUUAUAGUUUUCCAAAUAUUAUUUUGUGAUAAAUUUGAUUAAUAAUUUGGGAAACUAAAUGCUGUGAAACAGUGAAUAAGAAAAUCGAUAUCUUGUAUUUCUAAUUUCUUUAUUUGGGAUCACAAAAUGUUUU